AUGGAAUGGAUCAUAGGGGUGUGCGUUGCGAUGGGCAUGUUCUUGAUGAGUUGGUGGAUUCUGCUAAACGGAAAGAAUAAUGAGAAUACUGUGGCAAAAGGCAAAGUCCCAAAAGGGAACUCUGGUUGGCCUUUACUUGGAGAGACCCUUGAUUUCAUUGCUUCUGGCUACGCCUCAACCCCUGUCACCUUCUUGGAAAAACGCAAGUCUUUGUACGGGGAUGUGUUUAAGACAUGCAUUUUGGGAAGCAAUGUGAUAAUAUCGACUGAUCCGGACGUGAACAAGGUGGUUCUGCAGAACCACCAAGCCAACUUCGUCCCUGCUUAUCCAAAAUCAAUUAGAGAAUUGAUGGGAGAACAAUCCAUACUCAAAAUGAAUGGGACCAUGCAUAAGAAGGUGCACACACUCAUCGCAGGGUUCCUCCGAUCCCCACAACUCAAAGCUCGAAUCACCAGAGACAUUGAACACACUAUUACAUUUCCCGUUUUGGUCAAAGUUCUGAUGAGCGUUGGUCCCGGUGAAAGAUUGGAUUUCUUGUGUACAGAGUUUGCAGAAUUCAUCAAAGGGUUGAUUUGCUUACCCCUCAAAUUUCCAGGAACAAGACUGUAUAAAUCCUUGAAGUCCAAAGAUAGGAUGGUGAAGAUGGUGAGAAAGAUAGUAGAGGAGAGGAAGAAGCUAAAGAAAGAGAAUAAUGCAGAUGAUGAAGGUGAUGCAGUGAAUGAUGUAUUGGAUGCACUAUUACGGGAUAAGGGUGACUCCAACCCAAGCCCACGGUUGAGUCCAGAAAUGAUUAGCCAAAACAUCAUAGAGAUGAUGAUACCCGGGGAGGAGACACUUCCUACAGCUAUGACCAUGGCCAUCAAGUUCCUCAGUGACUCCCCUCCCGCUCUAUCCAAACUUCAGGCCCCAAGGAGGGGUGGUCCUGUGUGGUGUGGACCAUCGUUAUGCCCUAGAGUAGUGUCUGACUUGUCUAUGAAGUCGCUUUCGAAAAAGCACUGA